AUAUAUAUAUAUAUAUUGAUUUAGCGUAUACAAUCUGAUUCGGUUGGUUCCCUUGUUCUUAGUUCUUACUGGUUGUUCUCGAAUUAGGGCUGAAUCAACCUGGUAUCAAGAUGGGUAGUUCGGAACCCAGUUUGGAAGAUUUACUGCAAGACAAGAAGCGAGUCAGGAACCCUUUCGUCCCCGUUGGUGCACUUAUUACUGCUGGUGUGCUUACGGCUGGCUUAAUCAGUUUUAGGCAAGGAAAUUCUCGCUUAGGCCAGAAGUUAAUGAGGGCUCGUGUGGUUGUCCAGGGAGCUACAGUGGCUCUCAUGGUUGGCACUGCCUAUUAUUAUGAACAAAAUCCUUGGGGAUCGAGAUAAACUUUGAAUACCCUAAAAAGGACCUUGUAAUUGCUUUGUUUCAUGCUACUUUUAGUUCUGUUUAUGUGAAGUGGAAUUUGGUCAUUUGAGGACCAAAUUCCUUGCCAACUACUUGCUUUACUUUUUACCACAAGUGCAUAACAUUUGAAUUUUUAUGAAUGUACACCGAUAUAAUAGUGCUCUCAAUGAAAUAAGCGACUCUCAGUUGACUUGA